AUGGCUGCUGACGUGAGUUAUCCCAACGUGAACGGCCAUGGUACAAUUACCAAUGGACCUCUUGCCGAUAACAUCAAAUCCGAGGCUUCCCGCACCACUCAAGAGCUGCGCGAACUGCGCAACGCAGCAGUGACUCCCUCCACCACCGCCGCGACCGGCCAGCCCCUAACUUACUAUCACUCCCUGCUGUACAGCCUUCUGAGCUGGGAACAACCCCGAGCCACCGCCGUCUCUUUCAUCAGCGUUGUUGCUUUCAUCUUUGCCGCCCGUUACCUUCCGCUCCUCCGAUGGCUCUUCAAAUUUGUCUAUGUGGUUCUGGGCUUUACCGCGCUCGCCGAGCUCGGUGGUCAACUCGCUCUCAAGCAGAGCGUGGUCGGAUCUUUCCGCCCUCGCAAAUACUACACUGUUCCCAAGGAGACGGUUGAAGCCGUGUUGGAGGAUCUGGAGCAGCUCGUCGAUUUCGUCUUGAUCGAGUUCCAGCGCGUUCUGUUCGCCGAGAACCUUGUUCACACCAUUGCUGCUUUCCUCGCCGCUUUCUCCGCCUACUGGUUGAUCAAGUUCCUUCCCUUCUGGGGUCUCUCCCUCAUCACCGUCACCAUCGCUUACCUGGGUCCUUUGGUCUACAUCAACAACCGCGAGGUCAUCGAUGCUCAGAUCGCGCACCUCCAGGAGCUGGUCAACAGCCAGGCCCACCAGCUGAAGGACAUCGCCGAGGAGCGCACCGCCCACGCGACGGGUAUCGUCAAGCAGUACGUCGAGGACUACAGCGCGAAGGCCCAGGGCUUCGUGCACCGCCGCUCUACUUCGCGCUCUGUGACCCCCGAGGUGACCAAGGUCGCCAGCAGCCCCGUCAUCAAGAAGGAACCCGAGGCUGAGCCCGAGACCAAGAUCCCCGACUUCCCUGAAGCCCCGAAGGCUGAGCCCGUGGCCCCCGCCGCUGCCGUCGCUCCCUUGGUCGAAUCCAUUGAGCAGCCUGCCGUCGAGGCUGAGGAGAAGGAGCCUCUUCUGGCUUAG